UUUCAGUUUCAUCUACUUUUGAUUUAUAGAGCCAAAUCCCUGGUCUAUCUUAGUUAAUAUUAUAUUUUUGAUAUAAAAAAAAUUGCAUAGGUGCUUGAGCUCUUAGCACUUCCUUGUGGCUUUCCGAAAGACAUUUAGACUGGGUAUUGUUAUCAAAAAAACAGAAAAAUGGGACCAAUCAAGAAUAAAAUUGUUCGUCAGCAAUUAUAUUUGAAAGAACUACAAAGAAGAAAGAAAGAAAAAUUGGAAAAGCGAAAGGAUAGGGCCAAAGAAGAAGAAAAGGAGCCAGAAAAGAAAGCUGCCCGUCUUGCUGAAAAUGUACCAGAAACCAUUGAAUCCAAGCGAGUUUACGAUCAGACGGUUUUGCAAGAUGAACCAGAUGAAGAGGUACAGGCCGAAAUCCAAGACGAUGAAUUUGCUGCCUAUUUUAAUGAGGAGAGAAGAUUCCCCAAAUUAUUGGUAACUACAAGCAAACGUGCUUCACGAAAAUGCUAUGACUUUGCUUCUGAAUUAUUGGACUGCUUUCCCAAUGCAGAAUUCCGUAAACGAACUGGAAAUAUUGAAAUCCAUGAAAUUGCUGAAGCGGCUACUAAACGUGGUUAUACUGAUUUGAUUGUCUUGAAUGAAGAUCGCAAACAGACUAACGCUCUCACUUUAAUUCAUUUGCCAAGUGGACCCUCUUUUUACUUUACUCUUUCCAGUAUUCAGUCAGCACAGGAGAUUUCCAACCAUGGUCGUUCGAGUGGUCACAUUCCAGAACUUAUUAUUAACAACUUCAGUACUCGAUUGGGUUUAACAGUAGCUCGCGCUUUCCAGUCUUUAUUUAUCCAGCAACCCCAGAUUCAGGGUCGACAAGUUGUAACUAUUCACUGCCAACGUGAUUUUCUUUUCUUCCGUCGUCACCGUUACGAUUUCCGAGAAAGAUCUAAUCGACCAGAUGGCAUUGGUACAGGUUUGCAGGAAUUAGGACCACGUUUUACUAUGCGCUUAAGAAUGGUUCAAAGAGGAGUUUGGGAUAAUAAGAAAGGCGAAGUCUUCUUUGAAAGCAAUGCCGGAGAAGAAUCUGAUAGACGUAGAUUCUGGCUUUAGGAAAAUUGGCGAUGUAUCUACGAAUAUGUAUUAUAUUUUCAUCUUUUAAUUGGUUCGGUUUGCGAAGCAAGGUUUGUUUGGUACAGUGUUAAUUAAUUAAAAGUCUUCGAUUGGAAUAGAAGAAGGAACUGGAGUUUACUUUUUACUUUUGGAUAUCAAAACAGGGUGUAUGAGGGGAAAAACUUUUACUUAAUAAUAUUAUGGCUUUAUUUUAAACACA